AUGGCGACCUUCUUUCAGAGUGUUCGUCAAGGGUUCGGCCGGGGAGGAAACAACAAGAACAACCCUCCAAAGAGCCCGGCGCAAGCUCCUCAAGCUCCCCAGGCUGGCGCCAUGUCCAACUCUCCGUCGCUCACUAGCAGUCUCACCGUGGACAACCUCACGGCGAACGACCCCGAUGCCCCCAAGUACUUCUUCCAGGAGAAGUACGCUCCGCUAAACGUGAGGGGCAACUUCCUGACCCUGUGUGCUUGUCCAAAAAAUGUGGAACUGGGCGAGUGGCUGGCUCACCAGAUUGUUGAACAAUAUCGCCUGCUCCACGGCAUGCUCCAGGUCAUCCAGGAGACGAACAGUGUAACAGGUGUUCCGAUUUGCAAUGAGAGCACAUGCCCGACGAUGUCGGCUGGUCGGUUGACCUAUACUUGGCUCGUCGACGGCCGUGCAGCCAAGAUAUCCGCCCCGAAAUUCAUCAAUCGCGUCGAGAAGUGGAUUGUCAGCAAGAUCCAUGACCCCGUCAUGUUCCCCACGGAGAAGGUGAACGGCACCCCUGAAACCGCCUCUAUGAGAGAUGCCAACGGUGCCUCUGCGGCUGCAUCCUCCACCACUUCCACGGAGUCCGCCAGCCCAGCGGGAACGACCGGCGCAUCGACAGACGAGUGGAUUGGCCAGUCCAGUGGCUUUCCCCAGACAUUCUACAAGGACUGCCAGGGUAUUAUGAAGCAAAUGUUCCGCUGCUAUGCGCAUCUCUACCACGCACACUGGCUGAACCCCUUCUGGCACCUCAACAAGCACGACAUCCUGAACAUGUGCUUCGUGCACUUUGUCACUGUCGCCAAGUAUUACCAGCUCGUCUCGGACAAGGAGAUGGAGCCGAUGCAGCCGCUGAUUGACCUGUUCAUCAAGCAGCAACGGGUACCCCCAGAGGCCUUGAAUGGUGGCCACUGGGCUCAGCAGCCGGCAGCUAACUAA